AUGCGCCUAUUAGGUCGCCUAUCUGUCUUUCGACCACCGUCUUCCACACGUAUUUAUUCCAUCUAUUUAUCCGGUUUCAAGAGGAGGAUGUCGACCCGGACGUACGCCGAUGCGAUCGACCACCUCAACUCUCUCCAGUCCAAUGCGGCGACCCUCGAAGCAGUCCGAGCAUCCGGGGGACGGCUGAGCGAGUUCGCAAUACCUGAGAUGAUAGAGUAUCUGGGCAGGAUCGGAUACAGUGCAAGUCGUCCACAGACUUCUGACCUGAACCGAUUGAAUGUGGUCCACAUUACUGGGACGAAGGGAAAGGGCUCAACGUCCGCCUUUACGGACUCCAUCCUGCGCCAUGCAAAGCCUCAGUGGAAGAUUGGUCUCUACACCUCUCCGCACCUGGUCGCAGUGCGGGAGCGCAUACGCAUUAACGGCGCUCCCAUUUCGGAGGAGCAAUUUGCUAAAUUCUUCUUUGAUGUCUGGGACCGAUUGGAGCAAAAUGACGAGUGUGCCCUUCCACAAACACCCAAAAUGCCCGCAUAUUUCCGCUUCGUGACCCUUGUUGCCUAUCACGCCUUCCUGUCAUUGAAGGUGGAUGCAACCAUCCUGGAAGUCGGUGUGGGAGGGAGGUAUGAUAGCACAAACAUUGUCCCCAAGCCAGUAGUCACAGGAGUUUCUGCCCUCGGCAUUGACCAUACCGCCGUACUGGGGAAAACGCUGAAGGAGAUUGCUUGGCAGAAGGGCGGUAUCUACAAGGAAGGUGUUCCCGCAUUGACAGUCGAUCAGCCUGAGGAGGGCAUGGAGGUUUUGAAGCAGCAGGCGAUAGACACCAAGACAUCUGGAUUUGCCGUAGUACCACCUACGCCAGGCUUGUCGAAGAUUAAGCUAGGCACGCCCUCGUCAUUGCCGGGAAAUUCUCUUGCAGGACUCGCCGGGAAACAUCAAUAUCAGAACGCAAAUCUUGCUGUCUACCUCGCAAAGAUCUUCUUACGCGUGACGACCGGUGAAGUACAGGAGGCAGCACUUCCCGGCGCAUUCGUGGAGGGUCUGGAGCGCACCAAGUGGCCCGGCCGUUGCCAAACAGUGCCAGCGCCGAACGAUACAGACCUAACAUGGUUUCUAGACGGCGCACACACCAAGGAGAGCCUCGAAUGCUGUGUGGAAUGGUUUGUCAGUCCAGAGGUUACCUUAAGACCACUUGAUAAUUCGAAAACGCUCACGAGGGUUCUGGUGUUCAACUGUACGAAUGGUCGUUCUGGAAAGAGCCUCUUGAGCGUCAUGCUCGAGAAGAUCGCGUUGCAGUUGCAGCUGCACGGGCGAGAUGACGAUCCUCACAAGCUCUUCGAGCACGUAGUGUUUUGCACAAACGUCACAUAUUCUGAUGGAGGCUUCAAAGGAGAUCUAACAACUCACGCAAUACCGACGAACGAUCUGGCACAUUUACAGACACAGCAUGAUCUUGCGUCUGCGUGGUUGUCGCUCGUUCCAAACUUCCCCUCACAACAGGUCUACAUCCUCCCGUCAAUAGAAGAUGCUAUCAAGACGGUGAAGCGACUGCGUACGAGCGCCGGCAGUCCUCGCGUUGACGUGCUUGUUUCGGGCAGUCUGCAUCUUGUCGGCGGUGUGAUCGAGGUGGCAGGGCUGUCCGAAGUUGCGUUGUAA